AUGAAAAAAGUUUUCUUGCAGUUGGAGUCUGCCGAGAUAUGGAAGCCAGAUCUACAGCACCUCUUUCAUUAUCCAAAGCAUGGCGGCUACGACAGAACAAAAGAAGCUCUUAUUCCGUAUAUUGAAACAUUUUUUGGUGCGAAAGUGGCUAAGGAAAAUCUGAUAUUUUCGGCUAGUUGCACAGCUCUAUACGAUAUGUUGGCCUUCUGCAUAUGUGAUCCUGGAGGUAUUAUACUCGUGAUCCUUACAAUCCAAAAAUGGAAAUCGAAGAACUGCAAAGAACAUUCAAUGAAAAUGUGUCUAAGGCACAAUUUAUACGUGAUAAUUGAUGAGAUUUUUGCUUCAUCAAUUCAUUGUAAUGAAGAGAAAUUUGACAGUGUUUUAAAAUUCCGAAAAUCACUGAACAAAUUCGAAAAUAUCAUUUGGAUAUGGGGACUCAGUAAGGAUUUAUGCAUGCCAGGAGCAAAGUUGGCAGUAACACAUUGUGAAAACAAGAAAAUAUUGGAGUGUUUAGAGCGCUUAGAAAUAUUUCAACCUUCCGCUCCAGUAGUGCAAGAUUUUUUCGUCAACUUAUUCAGCGACUUAGGCAAGUUCUUUGUUCAGUUGAUCAAUUGGCUGAAAUCGUUUCAAAAGAGAAAUGUCGAAAGGCUGCGCGAGCAUUACGAACUCACCAAAAUGGCUCUCGAUAAAAUGGGCAUCCCACUGGUGCCCGCAACUGCAGGCUUUUUUGUCUAUUGCAACUUCUCGGAAUAUCUUAGCGAAGAUACGUUCACGGCAGAAGUGGAUUUCUAUCGAAAACUCUGCGAUGAAGGAGUAUAUCUUAGUUUGGGCAGAUAUUUCGCUGACCCGAAACCAGGCUGGAUGAGACUUGUAUUCUCCGUUGACAAACCACAACUUCUUGAAGGUCCGUUACCACUACUGUUGAUGAUUUUACACAUUUGA